GCGCCUUGAAUGGCGCACGGGGCUCGGGCGAUCCCUUGCAAAAAGUUGCCGGUGGGUCAGCCCGUGCCCGUCGGCGCCCGUCGUGCCCGGGAGCGGGGCGUGCAGGGGGCGCGGGUGCACAAGUGCAGCGGAACGGCGGCUUCGUGUUACACGUUUGCAAGCCCCAGGGAGGCCGUGAUGCCCGCAGGGGUGGGGUUACUCGCCUGCCUGCUUGGCGGGCCCCUCGACACGAGCCGAGGCACUCGCUUGCUCGGAUGGAGUCCACUGCUAUGGAGCCAGUGAGCAUUGACAACCUGUCCAUUCUGUACCAGAGCUCGGACUUCAUUGUGGUCAACAAACACUGGGAUGUCCGCAUCGACAGCAAGAUGUGGUAUGAGAAACUUACCCUGCAGAGCCAGCUCAAGCACCGGUUCCCAGAACUUGCUGACCCGGACACCUAUUAUGGCUUCCGGUUCUGCCACCAGCUGGACUUCUCCACCAGUGGAGCCCUUUGUGUGGCACUCAACAAAGCAGCCGCCGGCAGUGCCUACAAGUGUUUCAAGGAGCGGAUGGUGACCAAGGCCUACCUUGCCCUGGUGAGAGGGCACGUCCAGGAGCCAAGGAUGACAAUCCGAUACGCCAUUGGGAAGAAUACGACGGAGGGGCUCACCCACAUGAUGUGCAUCGAGGGGACAGAGGGUUGUGAAAACCCCAAGCCUUGCCAGUCAGAGCUGAUUGUACUGGAACACGGGCUGUACAGCGGAGACCCAGUGACCAAAGUGAUCCUGCAGCCUCUUACUGGAAGGACACACCAGCUUCGGGUCCACUGCCGUGCUAUUGGGCACCCGAUAGUCGGAGACUUCACUUACAGCCAUAAGCAAGACAGUGGCCCUUACCGGAUGAUGCUGCAUGCCUAUUACUUGCGCAUCCCAACCAGCCAGGAGCUUAUCGAGGUGAGUGCGCCGGACCCUUUUGUCCCCACCUUGGACAGCAACUGGGCCCCGCAGCAUGCGGCACGUCAGCUGGACGAGCUGAUUGAGGAGCUGAAGGGCACCAGCAUCUGUGCAGUGGAGGAAGAAAGGCAGGAGAGCUUGCUGGAAGAACCAGGCCCUGAAGUCCCAUGCCAGACUGAGCACCUGGAAGCAGAAGAGCAGCCGACGGCUUGUGACCAAUGGCUGGCUGAGUGGGCCUUGGAAUGAGACGCCAGGAUCCCUCGCAUGCUUGCAAGCAAAGCCGUCCCUUUCCACCAGACCUGAUCCGGUGCCAACCCCUGUCUUGUUCGUGACCCCAGCCUUCUUCAGCAUCAGUCCUGAAAGCUGCGUUCCUAGCCAGAAGCUGACUCUGCGCUCGACAGGUUUUCGAAACUGGUGUCUUUCACGCCAGCAUGCCCUAGUCACUGGGUGUGGAAGGUCGUGCACCACGGAGAGUCUGGGGGCAGCUGUGUUGUGAUGUUGGCGCUAAACCUCACCUAAUGGGGCGCUGCCUGGCUGAGAAAUCAAGGCUGGCAGAGGCUGUACCUGACUUGUCAAGAGGGGAUCUCUGAAGCAGGCGAGGGAAUUACUUGCCUGCCGUAGGAGAAUCAACCAAUCCUCUCCUCGGCUGUGGGGUGGGGAAUGUGAAGUUUGAUGACUGGCUCUCGCUUGCAUCUGAAAUGAAGAGCAGACUAGUGGAUUGACCUGAAAAGCUAGGAGGCUCUCCCUUCUGUUUCUUCUUGGGAUUCCUUUUCCUCACCAUCUCCUUGCCAAAAGACCUCUGUCCUCACUCGCUUUUUGAAAGAAUUUAGACCUCUGUCCUCACUCGCUUUUUGAAAGAAUUUUAUUGCCUAUUUUAAAUCAACAGGAAUUAAUUUAUAUUUUUAGGGAUGUUUGAGAAAGUGGAAAUUUUAAGCGGCACUGCAGUCUCAUCCACGGCAGACCUUUUUAAUAAUAAUAUUUUUCUAAGGCAUUGUGGUAACCUGUUCCACAAUACGUUUUAAAAAGAGAAUGGCCACCAGUCUGCAUUUUUGUAUGUGUAGGAUUUUAGGAUGACCUCUAGGAAGUUCAAUGGAUGCACACCAGACUGUCAUUUCAGGGUGUUCCCCCUCUAUUGGCAUUUUUCAGCAUUAACUUUAGAACUAAUUUGACCAUAUUCUUUGGAUCUUUGUGGGUUCCUGGAAACCCAGACAGUUGUGAUGCAUAGAACUUCCCAUUUCGGCACAGAAAUGGUGGAGAUUUAUUCUUACUUCAUUUUUUAAAAAAAGAAGUAUCUGGUCAUGAUUAGAAAAGAGUUUUAAAAAUGUGCGGGGAGCUCCCAGGAUCACAUAGAAUUUCCACAAAGAGUACAGAUCCUCUCCUUAUAAUACUAAUUGUCUCCUGAAACCUGAAUCUUUGCCAAAAAAAAAAAGAGGAGUUGCACCGAAGUGUCGUGUAUAUUGUGAAAGCUGAUGCACAUGUCUUGCACAUAGAAUUUAUGGGAAACCGAUUUUUUUGUUGAAGCUGGUGUUGUUGCAGAGUUUUUAGAACACUUUCAUCUACCCAAAUUGUCCUGCAUCUUUGAAAUCUUUUCUCAGCUCUAGCAGUCUGACUUGGUCCAGAGGUGCAAGUUCAGGUUGGGGUGGGGUUUUUUGAUGACCAGGGUUUUUAAAAAUAUUGGCCAGACAUGCAGAGAUAUUUAAACGGUAGCACAUUGUCUGGCUGGAUUGUGCAGGUCCAUUCAGCUAAGGGUGGGGCUCUCUUCCCAUAUGCAUCAGAGAAGAGCGUCUCCCCUGCUGAGAUACAGCCCACAAUCUCGGCAGCCUGAGCUCAGGAGAGGUUUGAGGCCACCUUGCACCUUAGUGAACAAGAAGAUGGGUCCGUAUCUACCAAAGUGGAACUGCAGGAAGAGUGGUCAGAACGAAGCCUGCCCCGUUUAUUCUCAGGAUGUAUAAACUGCGACUUCCCCCAUCAACUCUGCUUUUGCUACUUGAAUACCAUCCCUUUCCCUGCUGCCCUCAAAAUGGCCUUGGGAAAUGCGAUAAACAUCCAUUCCAUUGUUUAUAAUGAACAAUAAUUUGAAGUGCUUUGGUGGAAUUGUGAGACCACAGUGAUCCUCUGGGAAGAAGAUGCAACUCCCGCGGCUUACUUGGUGGAUAAAUCUCACCAGCCGCUUCAGUAAAGGACUUUGCGUUUUGCAAGCACUCCUGUCAUUCCUCGUAAUCCCGGUGGCAUCCUGAGACCCGCGUCCGUCACACAGCAUGGAUGCUGCAAGUUUUGGGUUCCUUCGGAAAUUGUUACGGUUCCUUAAUGAGAAAAUCAGUAAUGGUGAACCAGCUUGGCCUCUCCUACCAGGAUGAUCACGCAAAUCUCUGCAAGAGGAAGGGCCUCCUCUGUAUUGCUCGGCUUUUGGUAUUUCCUAGAGUCCUUUGCAAUGUCUUAUAGCUCCGUGGGAGACAUUCUGAUGUUCUUUGCCAGGGGGUUAGGUGGACUACAGGUGCCAUUUUGUGUAGGCUGCUUGACGUUGUCUUGUUUUUCUGUGAAUGCGGCUUUCUCUGAAGGUCACUACAUUCCAACGUGACACUACACACGCAAAUUGGUUUAAGAGUUGUUCUCUCUCUGCUGGGAACCGUUGGACCUGUAGUUCUCUGAGGAAAGUGAUGGAUCUGUAAACACAACACACACACCACUUGUGAAACAAUUCCUAGGAAUUUUGGAAAGAAACCACAACAGUUACAUUUAUAUAAAAAAAUUUCAGGUAGAUAGCCAUCUGGUUCUGCCAUCUGGCAGAACAGCAGGAUUUGAGUCCAGUGGCACCUUAGAGACCAACCAGAUUUUCAGGGU